AUGGCUCCUUGGACUAAAAUCUAUCAGCAAGAUUUGCGUGCGGAAGCGACGCAUCAUGUGAACAGCAAUGGUAUGUAUCAACACGAACUACUUCCGAGUCCACCAACCAACUAUGAUACCUUCAUGCUCGUGCUGAUUGUUCUUUGUGUAAUCGGAAUUGUCCUCGUUAUCGUUCUUAUGGCGUUGGGCAAGAAAUUCAAGAGAAUCAAGAUAAAUACUCCAGCGGUUGGCCGUGUCGACUCAGACGAAGACGUUUCGCUCAAAAGAAAAUAUACUCGAGAGUCCGAUGUUUGA